CCUCUUCUUUUGUCUUUAUCUCUCUCUUUUUGUUGUUUUUAUUUGCUUCCCGACAUUUUUUUUUUGUUUUGUUUUCCAUCACCUUUCGUUUCCAUUUUCUUCAUCCAACGUUGUUCACGGUGAUCUCAGCAUCACCAUCGUCAUUUACAUAACAUGGGAGCCCAUCCCAGCAAGCCGACUAAACGACAAAAUAUCAAAACGCCUCCUAGAGUCACAUCCAAAGCCGUUAAGCACCAUCACAUCAACAACGCGAGUCAGGGUUCGUCAACACCCUCUCGUCCAUCGUCCACCCCGAAAUUACCCACGAAAUCAGCGAAUUCAUCAACGCCAUCAUCACCGUCUCCACCCUCGAUAGCGUCGACAACAACAAAUACAUCGCAUCGUCUGAGCGCACCGAUCCUCGUCGAAGAUUAUGUUUACGACGAACACGAUUCGUUUAGUGUAAACUAUGAUGCAAGCGAUACGGCAUCCAGUGCACUGCAUGCUCACUUUAUUUCUCAAUCCGUCAAUCCUGUUUUUCCGCGUGAUUCUCUGGAUAUUUUCCCGCCCACUUUCCAUUCUCACUCCUCCAUUUCAACAUGUUCUUCGACCUCGAACCCUCACGACGAUUUCCUCCGCUUCGUUGCACUCCAAAACCAUUGCCAUCUCUCCACCCCAAUCGCUUGCGCGGUCUUCGAAAACAGCCUCCAUAUCAACCACGUCGUCACGAAGCCUCCUCGAAGAUCGUGUGCCGCAGCAAAUAGAAUUACACGGAGCCCCUUGUAUUGAAGCGCAGCAAUGUCAGUUUUCUAUUGCCCCUACAACACAGCCACUUGUCGAUGACAAAGACAAAUUUAAAGUCCAGUUUUAUGAAAGUCUGGUGAGCCAAGCUGACGCCACAAAUGACCCUGUGUUACAUGCUGAAGCUGCGCAGUGCAAAAUCUGGGGGUUUGGGACAUCGAUCGAUAUGCAUCAAGGUUUCGAUGAACUUCUGAAGCUUGUGAAUGAAUAUCCACGCACCGAAUUACUUUAUUCGAUUGGUGUAUGUUACUACAAUGGUUACUGUUCCGACGGCAAAGUGAACAAAUCGGCCGCCUAUCAAUGCUUUCAACGGGCCAUCGCGGCAGCCGACGCCUCUGACCCUUCCUCCACACGCUUUCUCACCCUAGCUCAAUACCGAUGUGCUAAAAUGCUAGCCGAAGGUGAUGGCGUUCAAGCAGAUCCUAUUCAAGCCAUCGACUAUUUCAAGCAAGCCGCUCACCAUGGCAAUUGUCGUGCUCAAUGUGCUUUGGGUUGGCAUUACCAAAAGACUGAUCUGAAGCAAGCUCGUUACUGGUUCCAGCGUGCCGUCGACCAAUCGUAUCCGGACGCCCAAGCAGCUUUAGGUGUCUUGCUCAUUCAGCGGCGACUGGAAUUUCCUUCUUCUGUGCGCGACCAAAAUUCAAGUUACGCUCUUGAUUUGCUCAGACAAGCAGCUGACAAGAACGUCAUUCCUGCCAUAUUACAAUUAGGUUCAUUGUACAGUGAAGGCACCCUUGUGGACCGCCAUAUUGCCAAAGCCAUCCACUACUUUGAGCAGGCACUGAAUCUGUCCGUGACGGGUCCCGAUGAGGCGGUGGUUCAUUAUCUACUGGGUCUUUCAUACUGUGACGAGGCGGCUACAAUUCAAGGUCCAGAUCACGCUCGUGCGAUUCACCACUUGGAGGCGGCCACUGAAGCGGGAUAUGCACCUGCGCAACGAACAUUAGGUCAUAUGUACUACAAAGGCAUGGGAGUAACCAAAGAUGAAAAGAAAGCGUUGCAGUUGUUUCAAAAAGCGGCCCAUCAGAAGGAUACACGAGCUCUUGGAUUUCUUGGCGAGCAAUACGAAUUUGGACGCGGAUGUUCGCUCGACCUACAGAAAGCACUGACGUUGUACGAGCAAGCGGCCAAAUUGGGAUCCGUUUUAGCCGAACUAUCAUUGGCUCUGCUAUUGCAUCGAAUGGGACGCCGGGGGGAAGCGUAUACCCACUUUGACAAAGUCGUCCAUUGGAACUCAGAGCUGUCAGCGGAACGUGAGCAUGACAUUGUGCGAGUGCGUCAUAUGGCCAGGCUGAUGCUGAUCCGUUACCGCUUCAACGGUUGGGCUAACGUCCAACGUGACCCGAGUUCGGCCUUUGAAGAUUUAUUACGUCUCGCCAACGAUGACAAAUUCCCCGAAGCCUACUACUGGGUUGGCGCCGGCUACAAAGAAGGGAUCGUCGAUGCUCAAGACUGUACCAUUGUCGAACCGGAUCCUUUGCGUGCGCUGGAGUAUUUUGAAGCCGGGGCGAAACAAGGCGACGUCGACGCUCAAGUGAGUGCGGCAGAUAUGCUGUCCAAUGGGUUUACCUAUCGAACCGUCGAAGGCAACAAGGUCAUGAAAGAUCGAAAGCGGGCCUUUGACUGGUACCAGCAAGCUGCCGAAGGAGGUCACGCUGUCGCUCAACACUGCCUUGGUCUCUAUUACUACAAGGGGCUGAACCCCGUUACGAUCGAUUUGGCCAUGGCGCAACGGUUAUUUGAGCGUGCUGCGCAUCAGAAAUAUGCUGCUUCCAUGGUGAUGCUUGGCCAGUUACUGAUGAAAAAGCAUCAACCGCCUCGCGCUGAUCGUCCCGCCUGUGUUGAAGAUUACAAGCAAGCAUUUUAUUGGCUUAAGCGAGCCUCGACUAUGAAUGACGCAGGUGCUUACCGUGAACUGGCGGCUCUUUACAACUCGGGAAUUGGCAUCGAUGUCAGCGAUCAACAGCGCUACAUGCUUGGCCUACAGUGCGUUGACAAGGCAAUCGCCAUGGGUGAUACCAUGUCUUGGUGUGUGAAAUCGCAAUACCACGAAAAUGGAUGGGCCGUUCCGCGCGAUCUGGAUGAAGCUUUAGCCUGCCUAAAGGAAGCCCAACAAAAAGGGUACACAAAGGCCAACCUUCUGGUAGCCGAAUUGUACGAGCGACAAUCCCUCUGGUCCAAAGCCCUGCAACAGUAUAGCUUGGUUGCUCAAAAGCACGGGCUCCUGACCCAAGUAGGGUGGCUUGCUCGACUUGCCAAAAGCCAACACGUCGUACUUCAGCGGAGAGGCAAUGACAAGGACAAAGCUGAAGUUUACGGAUGGCUCCGCGAUAUGGUGAAACAAAACGCUGGGGAAGCCUCGGUCGAUCCACGUUAUUUGCUAGGUCAAUGCUGUGAUCUGGCCAUUGGUACGGUUCAAGAUAUUGACGAAGCCAUGGUCUGGUACGAAGCAGCCAUUGCACAAGAAACUACCGCCUUUUCUUGGGCCAAGGAGCAUGCCAGGUUCCGACUUUCCCAAUUAUACGUUGAACGAGAAAAGCAUGCCCAAGCCAUCCAACAAUUCCGACGACUUGAACCGCAUCUGGAUCGGAUGAAUCAUCAUUCUCCUGAAACGCGAUACCAAGCGCGACAAGUACGCUAUUAUCUAGGCUAUCUGCUUUUACAUCAUAGCCAAGCGGCGGGAGACAAAGAAGAGGCCAUUCAAUGGUUGACACAAGCUGCCGAUGAAGGCGAAGGUCAUGCGUGUUUUGAACUGGGCAUGCUCGCUAUUGAAAGAGGCAAUGACACCGAAGCCCGGAAACGAUUCGAUCAGGGCGCUUCGGCUAAUCAUCCUGGGUGUAUGCGGGAACUCGCCAUGCUUUUGGAGCGAGAACAGCGUGCGGAUCUGAACUGGGACGGUAUUGACGCUUACGAUUGGCUUGACCGUGCACGACAAUUGGGCGACAUACCGGCGCUCAUCAAACUGGGAUUAGCUCAUCAAAACGGUCUGGGCAAUCAACUCAUUGGUGGCGACUUCCAGACGGCCUUGCAUCUGUUCGAAGAAGCUGCGAGACAGAACAAUACACAGGCGAUCGUAUAUGCGGGCGAAGCAUGUCGUACCAUGGGUCUUCAUUUGAAAGCCGUCGAAUGGUUCCGAAAAGCACCCACACAUCUUGUUUCCAAGGUGAUGCUAGCUGAUUAUUGUUUGCAGGGCCGCGGCGGGGUCCAGAAGAAUCAUGCCAAGGCUUUCGAAGACCUCAAGGCCGUAUAUCGCGAAUAUGAUAGCGAAUCUCUUGCUGAAGAAGAAUCCAAAGUAUUAAGCUUUGGAUAUUUCUUGAUCGGUCAAUGUUACGAGCAAGGACAAGGAGUGGAGCUAGAUUGCGAGGAAGCCAAACAGUGGUACCAACGAGCCGUUGACAAGGGCCAGUCAUUGGAUGCGAUCUUUUAUCUCGGUCAACUGCAUUACCAAGAGGGGAAUGUCGAAGCCGCAUUCGAAUGCUUUGAAAAAGCUGCAGCUUCAGGACUCCCGGAAGCUCUGUAUCGCGUCGGCGUCUUUCACUGGCAAGGAUUAGCGAAUCUGGAACCCAAUCUCGUGGUCGCCAAUAAGUACCUUUCGAGAGCCUCUGAGCGUGGCCAUGCAAGGGCAACUUAUGAACUUGGUCUGCUUCAGUAUAAUCAAGAAAAAUUCUCGGAAGCCGUGGAAAAUCUGGAUAAAGCCGCCAAGCUUCGGGUCCCGGAAGCCUUGCGUAUGCUCGGCAACUUUUAUCACGAAGGCACAGCCGGUGUGCGUCAAAAUUAUGCCACGGCGUUUGCUUAUUUCUGGCAAGCCGCUCAGCUAAACGAUGGCUUGAGUGCGUUGAUGGUGGGUAGCUAUUUUGAGAAAGGAUACGAUAAGCAGCACAUCGAUCGAUACGAAGCGCUUCAAUGGUACAUUCGGGCGGACGAACUUCAAUGUGGACCUCUUGCCCAGUUAGCCAUCGGCACACUAGAGCAUACGAUGGCCGAUGAAAUUCAAGACAAAGAACAAGCCGAGGAUUUGCGAGCAAACGCUUUUAGCUGGUUCCAACGUGCAGCUACCAGUGACACUACGGUUACCCACGCCCAGAUCAUGGUGGCACUGUAUCAACUAAACGGGUGGGGUCGGGUCCCACGGGAUCCAGUAAAAGGAUUUACGUUAUUGCUUGAAGUAGCCAAAGCCGGCGGAAGUGAAGCUUUUGUCGAGGUGGCCAAGUGCUACGAGGAAGGCAUUGGUGUUCAACGCGAUCAAGAAUCCGCCUUGUCUUACUGGCGUGACGCGGCUGCCAUGGAAGACGUCGAAGCGAUUGAACGUGUAGGAUAUUACCACCAACAUGGCUUAGGCGGUGAACCCGUGAACGAUGACGAAGCAAAGCAAUGUUAUGCGUUAGCAGAUCAAAUUCGAAAUCGUCAAGACGAGAAAGAAAACAGUAUCGCAUCCGCAUCCACUGCCUCGACUUACUAACCCGUUCCAUUCAUUUCCGAUGUUUACCUUCCUCUAUCCAUGUGAUACUAUGUAUAUUAUGCUUUGUAUUUUAUUUUGUUUCCUAUUUUUCUUUUUGUUUUACUAUUAGUUUUCGCACUUAUUUACACAUGUAUAUUCUACUUUUUUUUUUUUUUAAUCUUUUUCUUUCCCAGUUUUUUUUUCUUAAGUUAUUCUUCUGCUCUUCUCUUUUUCCACUCCA